GGGCGUAGCACCCGAGUAUUAAUCAGAUUGCCGAGUGUUUUGGUGUUCUUUCUCUUUGUAUCAUAGUCAAACAUAAAAGCACGUUCCCUGUUGUCACAAUAUGAAACCCCGGCAAAAAUGAACCAAUGAACGAACAUCUGAAUAUGACAUUUCCGUCGCUUUCCCUUUCUCUGCCGUCACAAUAUGUAAACCCCAGCAAAAAUGAGCCAAUCAAUGGGCAUGCUCUGGAGUGCGGGUAACUAAUACCCGCACUCCAGUUAACGCACUGUGCAUGUAUAUGUAUACGAUUUAACCCUGACACAUUUUCAACAGAAAGGUCUACAAACUAUGAUGCAAAUGUAGAAAGGAUUAUGUCAAUAAUUCAGCCGAAUCUUCAUUCCUGGAUAUUUCAGAAGACGUUCAAAACAAUAACUGUUUGUAUGGCAUGGGUUAUAGCCCUUGUUGUUGUGGUUCCGAUUUGGACAUCUGGAACAAUUCCGUAUGAAAAUAGACCUGGAGAAUGUUUUGUUAUCAUCAGCAAGGAAUCUGCAAUAUUAUGUCCAUUAGUAACAUAUUUCAUUCCAUUAUUUUGUAUCAUAGCACUAACAUUCAGAUUACUAUUGUUGAAGAUCCAGUUAUCCACCCCUACUCCUGGAACUAUAGAAAGCACGCGCAUGUCGUUGAAAAACUAUCACAGCCAGCAAAAUGAUAUUGACUUUGAAAGUGAAUGCUCCCCAAUGUCAAGGCCGUUGCCAAGCACGAGUUCAAUGCCCAUUAAGGAGAAAAAAGAUGACAUUGUGUCUUUGUGCAUAGUUAAUACAGUCUUUGCGGCCAUGUGGUUUCCUUUUCAGUGUAUUAGUUUUCUGUUAUCAUUUUGUCAGACCGCAUCAUGUAUUCCUUCUACCGGAUUAAAUCAGGUUAUAACAUGGAUUGGAGCGUCAACUGUUGGAGUUGUCCCACUUUUUUGGUUCAUCGACAGUCAGCUCAGAUCGGGCCUUCGGAUUAAAUUCACCCGACGUUCAGAUGUAGAAUCUGCAGAUUGUACACACUGUGAAGAAACGUUCCUCUGAAUGGAUAGCAACAACAAAGUCACCUUCAA